AUGCGGCUCGACGACAAGUCCCCAGCAUGGGGCUACCAGGGACAUGCCAUCAGAGCUCACGUAGCUAAGACUCUCAACCUAGGGAUAGAACGCAUGCCACAGAUCGCCCGGGUGAAGACUGGAUGGGUUAUUCGGGCCUCAGACCGGGAGGCGAGGGACCUGCUUGUGGAACGGCAGGACGACUGGGCGGCCCGGCCCGCCUCGGAGCGGUUGAAGGCUUCCAGAACUCACGGAUAUAUGGGGGGCCGUGGACUGGCCAAGCUAUCAAAGGGAUCAAGCCCCAGACAGGCGCCGAACCAAUUGAUGCUCCAUGCGGCGAUACAGAGGAGGUGGCGGCUCUUGGGCACCAGCCGACUAGCCCGACUGAUCGCCAAGAUUGGGAUCACCACUCCCGCUACGCCUGCGACCGAAAGCAGGCCCGCCGACGAUGUGGCGGGAAAGACCACCGUGAUAACGACUGCAAGCACCCGCAGAGGUGCGCGAACUGCGCCGAACCCUUUCCGACAGACCGACCAUAAGGAGUACCCUGCCAGACCCAGGCGCUCACACGGCCAACUCGUGCGGCUCACCAAGAUCGAAAAGUACGCCGUAAGGAAUAUCGGUUCUCAGCAAUAUCAGCAAGUCAAUAUGGUUCUGGAAGGCGCCGAGAGUGACGAUGAUGCGCCGGAGGUCCGGCAGAGGACCCUCGACUGCAGCGUCGUGCUCGCCGACGCGGCUCACUCGUGCACUUCCACUGGAAACAUCUCCCGGAGUCGACGGCAUCACAGUUCGGAUGUUGCGUCGGAUCUGGAGCCACAUUCGGCGAAGCGGUGA